CCUUUCAAUCCAGUACUGGUUUUAAAGCAUCGAUCAUGGACAAAGAAAGCCGUAUCGUUAUUAUUGGUGGGGGCGUAUUCGGCCUCUCCACGGCCUACCAGCUCGCCUCGGAGGGCUACCGGAACAUUACGGUCCUCGACCGACACAUGCCACCGGUUACCGAUGGAUCCAGCUCAGAUAUAUCCCGGCUCAUCCGAUUCGACUAUGCCGACGACGAUUAUCUACGGAUUGCACACGCUGCGUAUCUGAAAUGGCAGCAGCCCAAAUACAACGGCAUCUUCUAUCCGGCCCCGUUCAUCUUUACCGGAAGCUCCACUGCCCAUGGACAAGCGUGGAUCGCCAAGGCCACGACAGCUCUGACCAACCACCAACUGCCAUGGACCAAGGUGGAAGACGCCGCUGACGCGAAACGGUUACAUCCGAUUCUGACCGGCAAGCUAGCCGCGCCCCCGCUCACUGGUUAUCAGAAUAAGCAAGCUGGCUGGGCCGACGCCAACAAAGCGAUCAGUCAGCUGCGUGAUGACUGUCUCGAGCUUGGCGUUUCAUUCAUUUGUGGCCGUAGAGGCAUGGUGGUGGGAUUCGACACCGAUUCGCAGAAUACGAUCAAGGCAGUGCGUACCCGGCUCGGUGCCUCGGUGGAGGGAGAUCACUUUGUCCUUGCAGCUGGCGCGUGGGGAUCCAGCUUGGUUCCGAUGUACAACUCCACACUAGCCACGGGCCAGGUUUUGGGAUACAUGCGUCUCACUCCGGAGGAGGUGGAGAAGUACCGGGAGCUGCCAGUCUACAUCAAUUUCUCAACAGGCUGGUUCAACUUUCCACCUCACGAGGACACGGGACUGCUGAAGGUGGCGGUUCACGGAUGGGGAUAUACCCGGAAGCCGGAGAAGGGAGAAUCCACCUCGGUGAAGACUAAUAUCUCAAUGCCUCCCCUGAUUCCACCCCGCGAACGGCGCAACUUUGCCCCUGCAGACGGCGAAGUUCGACUGAGAGAGGGAUUGCGCGAGAUUCUGCCCGAACUGGCGGAUCGGCCGUUUGAGAGGGUGGCUCUCUGCUGGUAUACGGAUACUCCGACGGGCGACUUCAUCAUGGACUUUCAUCCGGAUUUCAAGAAUCUGUUCAUUGGAGGCGCCGGAAGUGGACAUGGGUUCAAAUUCUUGCCAGUCCUGGGUGAAUACAUGUCGCUUGCGCUGAAAAAGAAUCUGCCACCACACCUGGCGCAGAAGUGGCGGUUCCGGACCGACUAUCAGAACCGGGAGGAUGUGUUCUUGGGCGAUGGGAGUCGUGGUGGACCUGCUAGGCGGGAGUUGGAGGCUGGGGAGAGGGCCAAACUGUAACCAGCAUCAGCGCAGCGAUGAAGUGCAUGGAUAACGAGAUUAUGUGUAGCAAAUGGAUGAGAGGAAGCCCGAAACAGGCUAGGCCUGAAGGGGGUUUAGUUCCGGCAAAAUCGCGUGCGGAUAUUCCGGUCACGUAGACGGAGUAACCGACCAUCUUUUGCACCUCCGCAGUCCGAG